CUGACACACACACUAUCAUAUUGUCCAGGUGAGUCUGUGUGUGUAUAAGUGCAGCAAGGCAGCCACACACACAAGCAGCACGUAACCGGGCGUGGGCAUUGACGACAAGACUUGCACAUGACUCGAUCGUAAAAUGACACUACUUUUACUUCUAACUGCCGUGGCUGCGGUGUCUCACGCCCAGACUGACUGCUCUCAAGGAGCUUGUUACCCACGCAGCAGCGACAUGCUUGUGGGUCGGGCUGAUCAGCUGCAUGCCUCAUCCACAUGCGGGCUGACUGGCCCCGAAGUGUACUGCACGCCAUACCAACAGAGAAAGAUUAAGUGCUGCCCAUGUGACUCCAGAAACCCAAACGGACCACUGGCCCAUACUACUCAGGAAAUGCUCUCCACUGCUGGACCAGAAAGAUGGUGGCAGUCCAGGAAAGAGGUGUCUCCAGUAACAAUUCAGUUGGACCUCAACAAUCUCUUCAACCUCGACAACCUGAUCCUUAACUUCAAGGGGCCUCGUCCCAGUGCCAUGGUUAUAGAGAAGUCUAUGGAUAAUGGCAGGACAUGGCAGCCUGGCCUCUACUUAGCUACAGACUGCCAGAAAUCAUUUCCAGGGGUCUCUACAGCAACUCCCGUUACUGUGGACCAAACAUAUUGUUAUACUCUACCCCCUACUGGAUUAAACCCAUACCAAGAUCAUACAAUCGAGUUCAGUCCAUUGCGUCAAUAUCCUUAUGUCCCAGAUCCCAGCAGCCCAAAAAUGAAAGAUGUGACUGGCUUAACGGGUCUGAGGAUAAGCCUGACAGAGUUGGGCGAUGUGCCUCGCCUACCAGGCAGAGCUCUCAGUAGGUUUUUUGCCUUAAAAGAGAUGAAAGUGAUGGGCAGCUGCAUGUGUCAUGGACAUGCCAGUCACUGUUUGCUGGAGGCUGUCAAUAAGGUGAGCCCUCAGUGUGACUGCCAGCAUAACACUGCUGGUGUGAACUGUGAGCGCUGUGAUGAUCUCUACAAUGAUCUGCCCUGGAGACCUGCAGAGGAGGGCGCCACUCACACCUGCAAACGUUGUCAGUGUAACAACCACGCCCAGAGGUGUCGUUUUGACCAAGCUUUGUAUGAAGCCAGUGGCCGGAGGACUGGAGGUGUGUGUGAGGGAUGUUUGCACCACACUACAGGACCAAGGUGUGACCAGUGUCUCCCUGGCUACCAGCUGAAUCCUAACAGCCAGCUGGAUCGUCCUGAUGCUUGUAUACGAUGUGUCUGCAAUGCUGAAGGAACAGUCAAUGGCGGACGGUGUGAUGACAAUACAGGUUUAUGUCAGUGUAAAGUGAAUGUGGAAGGCCCACGCUGUGAUCAGUGCAAAAGAGGCUAUUAUGGCCUUUCUGCACCCAAUCCUCUGGGUUGCUCGAAGUGUUCCUGUUUUCCACAGGGAUCACUGUCAGAUGUUUGUGAUUCAGUGACUGGCCAGUGUCCUUGUCGGCCACACUUCCAUGGCCUGACUUGUGAAGUAUGUGCAAGGGGCUACUGGAAGCCCCCCCAGUUACAGAGCUGUGAACUCUGCAGGUGUGACCCCACCAAGUCCCUCAGCGAUACUUGUGACCAGUUGACAGGUCAGUGCCAGUGUAGGCCAGGUUUUGGAGGCCGAACAUGUAACGAUUGCCCAGACAACACAUAUGGAGACCCUCUCAUUGGCUGCAAGCCUUGUUUGUGUGAUGCUGAAGGCACCCAAGUUUGCAACAAGCAGACAGGAAGCUGUUUGUGUCGUCCGGGCAUCACAGGCGCUCGAUGUGACUCCUGCACCAGAGGACACUGUGACUCUUUUCCUGCUUGCAAGAUUUGUCCCUCUUGCUUCUUCUCCUUGGAUUCACAGCGACAAGCCCUCAGUUUAGCCCUGGAGAAAUUUACCCCGAAAUUCCCGCCUCGUCCGGGAGGUUCUGGAGACCUUGGAAAUUUCGAGCCCCGUAUUCGAGCCCUGGAAGCUAGUCUUAAUUUGAUUCGGAACUCUGUCUCCCUUCCUCCCAGUUCUGCGACACAGAUUGAUGAUGCUCUGUCCCAAUUAGACAAAUUAAGGGACCAGGUAGACAAGGUAAGCAAUGGCCUCUCUCCUCUGGCACAAAAACCGGAUCUGAGCAAAGAGCUUGACAAACUUCGGGACCUGUUGGACAACCUAAAUGAGGACUACAAUGUCAAGAAAGAAGCUAUGAAAAACACAAUCAAUCCCAACAAUGCAGAAGCUUUCUCUACAAUCAAAAAUGCCUAUGACGAGUCUACAGACGCUGCAAAGAAAGCAGACACCAGCAAAAAGACUGUGAAGGAAUCAGCUGACUUCAGAGAAGAUACUUUAGAUCUUCAGGAAAAAGAAUAUCCAAACAACACGAGAGAGCUCAACAAAUUAAACCAGAGCAUGGCAUCUCACCCAGACCUCACUCCUGUUGCUAAAAAGGUAUGUGGCAGUGUUCGGUCCAAGCCCUGUACCCCACUCAUGUGCGAGGGUGGGGACCUGUGUCCACCAGAGGGAUCUUCGCACUGUGAGAAGGGCUCAACGUGUGUUGGUGCCCUGCCUCUGGGCAAGAGGGCAGAUUCCGAUGUGAAAGAUGUGAAAGAUCGUCUGGAAAAUCUCAGCAACAAGAUCACAGAGGCAGCAGAGAAGCUCGAAGAAACACAAGAUAACACCAAUGACAUGAGACAGUCAACUGAAAAUCUGUCUAACAAGAUAAGGCAGACCAGAAGCGACCUGGAAGAUGACUUUAAAGAGGCACAGGAUGUUGUGAAAGAGAUCAAAGACUUCCUGUCAGACCCAUCAUCCAACCUGACCCACAUUCAGGAUGUGAGUGACUGGAUCCUGAAAACCAAACUGCCUUUGAGCGCAGCUUCUCUAAAGAAGAAACUGGACGAGCUGAAAAAGCUUGCCACAAACCUACCAGACAGUACAUCCAUAUUAAACAAGUCAGCUCCACAGUUGGAUGCAGCCAGAAAACUGUUGCAGGAGGCCCAAGAUACCAGGGACACAGCACAAGGGGUGAAGGAUGAUGUAGAUGAACUACUGGCAGGCUUUGACUCAGUGGAGGGCUCCCUCUCUGACAUGGAGGACAAACUGCAGGACAGCAUGGAUUCCAUAGACAACUUGAACAGAAACCUUACUAAGGCCAAAAACCAACUGAGCCCAGCAGAGAAGAUUCUGGAUGAUGUAACAGAUAUGAUUAAGCCAAUCAAACCUCAACUGGAUGACCUCAAAGACCUGCUGCAAGAUGGAGCUGAACAAGCUGAGGACGCACAGGAAACCGCAGACAAAGCUGAUGAUGAAGCAGCUGCUGCUGAUCAGGAGCUGUCGUUGGUGCAGCAGAUGUUUGACAGUUUUAAAGACAAAGCAGCUGCUGGACAGCCUCCUGGUGAAGUAGGGCCAGGGGCCGAACGGCUUGCAAAGCUACAAAAGGAUGCUGGGACUCUGGCCAAUACCACCGACAGCAUGUUGAAUACUCUGGAAGGAAAAGCAGAUUCAUUGAAGCAGUUGCAGGAUGAUAUUCUUCAGAAGUCAACAAAGCUUGAGGGACUUGAUGCCAAGCUAAAAGACCUUGUAGCACAACUUCAAAAGAAAGCCCAUGAUUUGAGUGUCUGCCAGGGCUGAGGAGACAAGUUGCUUUCACUACACCACAGGACAACCUUUAACAGAAUCGCUCUUCAAUAGAGCAGAAAUACUCCUUCACCCUCAAAUACUGCUGUUACUUGUUUCCAUAACAUUGCACAUCUUCUAUGACGGAUGCACCAUGCAGGGUUUGAAAAGAUAUAAUGAUUCUCUUAGUGAAGCAUUACUUUUGCAUAUACUAUAUUGAGAACCUUAGCGAGGAUUUCAAAGGCUGCAAUUGUAGUAAUACAGAUGUAUGUGAUUUUAGAUGAGAAAUGACAUGCCUUGAGGAAGGUCAAUACAAAAUGUAUCAGCAUCACAUUUGCCUUUGUAUAACCUACAGGCUGUCCCAAGAAUUUGAUAUCAUUUUGUAGUCUAAUUAAACUAGUCAAUUCUGCCUCAAAUUAUCUUAAACGAUUGCAAGAUGUGUACAACUAAUUUAGUUUAAUGUUGUACUUCUUUUCAGGGUGAAGAAUGACAUUCACCAGCAAUGAAAAGGCAUUUUGUGUGUUAACGUGUGUCAUGUCACAUGGGCGGUGCACAUUGAGCAUUGUAAAGCUUUGUGAAAUUGGUUAUAAAAUCUAUAUGCAUUUGAAAAUCUUGAAAUUGUGAUGAAUGCAUUUUUUACAAGAAGAAGCCUAUUUAAUUUAAUUUACCUAGAGCAUAUAGUUACUCCAUUCAUAUUUCAAAUUAUGUCAAAUUAUUUGGGACACCAGGUUGUAUUAUUUAUUUAAUGUUUCGUUAUUUGUGCAGAACCCAUCAUAUUUAAUAAAAGCUUUACUU